UCGUCGUCUCCGUCAACCGUCCAAGAAAGGAAAUGGAAAAGUUCCCGCGAUAAUAGUUUAUCCGGGGUAGCUGUCGGUCUAGCCGUUUUCGGUACACCCCACGCCAUUGUGUCCCGUGACCGCCAUGAUCAUCGGAGCCUGGAAUGCUGUAAUAGCUUCAGUGCAAUACUUUAAUCCUGCGCCUCAACGACAGUAGAGCUGCUCCUUCGAACAGAUCUUUGAUUCCAUCCCUAGUACUCGCAGCAAUAGUCGCGGCUACCUCCUCUAUCGCGCCCACUCUCCCCGGUUCGGUUUCGUCUCUCCCUUCUCCUGCCCCGCCCGCAAUUUGAUCUAGCGGUAAAGCAUUUAUUGUGCGCGGAUUUGCAACCCGACUCUGAGACGCCACCAACAUGGCGCGCGUCUAUGCCGAUAUCAACGACCAUAUGCCCCGGUCUUACUGGGACUAUGACAGCGUCAAUGUUUCCUGGGGGGUGCUUGAGAAUUACGAGGUCAUCCGCAAAAUAGGACGCGGAAAGUAUUCGGAAGUUUUCGAGGGCAUCAAUGUCGUCAAUUACCAGAAGUGUGUCAUCAAGGUCCUCAAGCCGGUCAAGAAGAAGAAGAUUAAGCGUGAGAUCAAGAUCCUUCAGAAUCUUGCAGGUGGUCCCAACAUUGUAGCCUUGCUGGACGUUGUUCGGGACACCCAGAGCAAGACACCAAGCCUGGUUUUCGAAUAUGUCAACAAUACGGACUUCAGGACGCUAUACCCACGCUUCACGGACUUUGAUGUCCGCUUCUACGUUUAUGAGUUGUUGAAGGCGCUGGACUUUUGUCAUAGCAGAGGCAUUAUGCAUCGAGAUGUCAAGCCUCAUAAUGUUAUGAUCGAUCAUGAAAAGCGCAAGCUGCGGUUGAUUGACUGGGGUCUUGCCGAAUUCUAUCACAAAGGCACGGAGUACAAUGUCAGAGUUGCGUCGAGGUACUUCAAGGGCCCAGAGUUGCUCGUUGACUUCCAGGAGUAUGAUUAUUCUCUGGACAUGUGGUCUCUGGGAGCCAUGUUUGCUUCGAUGAUCUUCCGCAAGGAACCAUUUUUCCAUGGACAGAGCAACGCAGAUCAGUUAGUGAAGAUUGCAAAGGUUCUGGGAACCGAGGAGCUUUUCGAAUAUUUGGACAAGUACGAUAUCGAGUUGGAUCCUCAGUACGAUGAGAUUCUUGCCCGCUACCCUCGGAAGCCCUGGCAGUCGUUUGUCAAUGCAGAAAAUCAACGCUUUGUCAGCGAUGAAGCCAUUGACUUCCUUGACAAACUUCUAAGAUACGAUCAUGCGGAACGUCUUACUGCUAAAGAAGCCAUGGCUCACCCAUACUUCGCCCCGGUUCGCGCGGCGGAAACACAGCGGAACAAUGCAGCUUAAUUAUAGAGGACCAGAUCUGUCUGAUGACAGCACACUGCUUCAAGGCUAUCUUCCGAUUUCUCUGACCUCUAUUUCGCUGUGCUCUAUAUUAGAACGUGUUUGUGUCCAGCGCUACGGGUUUGUGGGCUGACUUUCGAGUUUUGAGGUGAUUAUGGCAUGUGCGAGUAUGAAGUCACCAUGGUCGAAACAGCAGCCGAGUACAUGUCUCGUGAACCCUGGCGAACCAAGUUUGACGAGUUACGGACAUGGAAGUUUGAAAACGAUUAUCAUGACAGCGGACAUACAUCUAAUAUGUUGGGUUCAACUACUCGCCCGGUGUAUGAAAUGAGCGAAGUGGAAUCUUCUUUUCGAUCAAGCUGAAAGCAUCAUUGAAUUUCUUCCAUGAUAUAAUUCCACGGCCUGCUUAUGUUUCCCAGGCUCCUUUUUUUCUCUUUUUUUCUUUUCUUUUCUUGUCCUCUUCGCUCAUCAUCCCGUAAUCUCUGAAUGGCGUUUACGGAAAUGCAGCUAUUUUUCCUCUAUCAAUCUCCAUGAUCUCUUCCAUUUCCUUCUCUGGUUGGCGCAUGUCUUUCAUCGAAGGAGCAGAUGUGAUAUUGAUUGAUGUCUUUUUCUUAACGGCUUCAAAGAGAUCAAUAGAUGGUCGUCUAGUCCAGUUACCGAAUAAGCUACUUAGCACAUGUCUGUCUUCUAGCACAGUAUUUACUUUUCAAAUGGACUUCUUGUAGGCGUCGUGUUUCUCUUAUGGGCUGAUCAUGAUCACGUGGCAUGACUCACCUCCAGCGGCAGAAACAGAGGAAGGGAAAAAAAAUAAGGAAGAAGAGAAGAACAGCUGUUCC